GGAAUAAGGUUCCAAAUCUAAGAUUAGUUUUGGCUUCUAUUUAUAUAUUGCGCAACUUUCUCCUUUUUAUAUUUUUGUUUUUUGGAUUCGUUAUGCUGAUUUUUGUUGAUCUCUCUUUCUUUUUCCGGGCUUUGUUGCCCUUUCGCCUUUGAAAUCCAUGAUCUUCAGUAUCUCAUGGAUUCAUCUCCAGUGCACACCACUUCUUCACUCCAUGAACAAGAAGAUGAGUGGGACACUGAUGGAUUCGUGAUUCCUAGCUUGGGAAUUGAAGAACCGGAAAAAAUUGAAUCUGAUACUUCAGAUGUAGAAACAUCAAAACCCCAUUCGCAGCAGCUUGUGCAGACCAAAAAAGAAGAGAACAUUUACUUGGGACCGCAUGGUGCACCACCAUCACAAUCAAGGCAGCAGGAGCUGAACCUGUCCAGUCGUAAGCAACGGUUUAAACAAAAACUAAAAGAAGCUGAUAGAAGGAUCGGCGGGGCAGGGCGAGAGAACAAGAUGGAAAAUUUGAAAGAGCUUGUAGGUGGUGGGAAAGCAAGCCCCAACAUGUCCAAGGGUUCCCACAGGGAUUGGCUAGACCCACAUUGCGAUGAAUCGCAAUUUGAUAAGUCGUACCCCCAGUGAAUCAAAGCUUUCUGUGGCUUAAGAUACUUAAACGGUGCAAAGUUUAACAUACCGGCACCAUUUAUGAUAAGUCUUUGUCUUGUUGUAUGCAA